CAGACGUCACACACUGGAAACACACUCAAAUAAAAAACACACACACACACACAGAGACAGCAACACAAUGCCACAGAGUGCCAAGGUGAAGCAGGAGGAGGAGGAGGAGGAGGAGCGGCGCUCCAAGUGCAGAUCGGGCAACCCGGGACCAAAGCUAAAGAUACCCACAUUGGGGACGCAGGGCAGCAGGCACCGGAACAGAAGGAGUCGCACCGGACAAAGCCUGGAGUCGGCACUGGACCGCCUUCGGCUGAUGGAGAAGAAGCUGCUGCUGCAGACCAAGCGGCAUGACAAACUGCUGAGCAGCCUCAAGGAGAGCGGAUGCCAGGGGGGCCCCCUGGGGGCCAGCGUGGACACGCUGAUCCGGGCCUCGGAGCAGGAGGAGCAGACCAGCCACGGCCGUGGACAUGGCUGGCAAACGUUCAUGGACUCGGUGAGGUGUCGCCUGAGCGUCAAUCAGGUGGUGCGCCAGGUGCGCAACGAUGCCGCCUUCACGCUGGACUUUGUGGUGCUGCUGGUGGCCGCCGCACUGAUCUGCUGCGUGGGUCUGGUGGGGAACAGCUACCUGCUGCUGUCCAGCAGCAUGCUCAUCUCGCCGCUGAUGGGGCCGAUCAUUGCCGGCACGUUUGGGUCGGUGAUCGGGGACCGGGGCCUCUGGUGGCUGGGCUUCAAGAACGAGCUGAUCGGCAUCGCCCUCUCGGCGGGCAUUGGCUUCAUCUUCGGCGUGCUCGUGCUCCGCUUGGGCCCCUUCUUCGCCAUCGCCUCCGGCCUCACCGAGGAGAUCGUCUCGCGCUGCACCAUCCAUGCCCUGAUCAUUGGCAUCAUGACGGCCCUCGUGUCGGGCGCAGCGGGCGCCAUCGCCGUCCUGGGCGGCAACACGGGCUCCCUGGCGGGCGUCGCCAUCUCGGCCUCGCUGCUGCCGCCGGCGGUGAACGCGGGCCUGCUGUGGGCCCUGGCCUUCGGCACUCGAGUCCUCAACCGCGAGCACGAGCUCAUCCAGAGCCUGAGCAAGCACCACGAGUACUCCAACGAUCUGGAGACCGAGCUGCUGGUCUGCGCUCUGGUCAGCAUGGCCCUGGCCUUCGUGAAUGUCAUCUGCAUAUGGGUGACGGGCGUGAUCGUGCUGCUCAUCAAGGAGGUGACGCCGACGGUGCAGCGGAACCAGCAGUUCUGGCGCCACGACAUCCGCACCGCCCGCAAGGCCGCCCAUCAGGAGCCGGCCCUCCAGGACGCCAUCAAUCGGUGGGACGAGCGCAGCCAGAGCCAGAUGGAGUUCGGUGAAGAUAUCGAUUUGGAGGCGCCACACUACCAGCACACCUGGUCCCCCGGCAUGGACCGCGUGCCCCUCAGGGAGCAUCAGCAGAGCAACUAUCACACGGUCCAUGGCUUCCAGGAGCUCUGCUUUACCCUGCAAAAGCUCAAACAGGAUCAGGCCGGUGGCGGCGCUCAAAGGGGAACUUCCACGGGGCCCAGUGUAAUGGAGCUGUUCGCCAGUCUUAAGCAGGAGAAGGACAAGGAGAAGGAAAAGGAAUCAGUGCUGUCAAAGGCAACUCGCUCCGAGACAGCCCUGCCCAGCCCGGAGGCAACUGGCGAGUGCCCAAGUACCAGCCAUGGGCUGAACUCGUCCUCGUCCACGUCCACAACCUCGACCUCACCUCCAGAUCGUGCACUGCGACUGCUGCCCCUCGGCAAGGCAUCCACGGCGGACGGGGAUAUCUUCACUCUGGAGAAGGAAGACACGGACGCCUAGUUCGGGGUUUCCUGUAUAGUUCUUGCACAGAUUAGCAGCGGAAGUGUCCGUAUAAAAUAGAAGGAUACAUAGUCCUUAGUAGCUA